AUGGCUGGGGACUCAAUCCUGCUGGCUGCUGUGUCUGUUCUCUCUGCCUGUCAGCAAAGUUAUUUUGCUUUCCAGGUCGGAAAGGCAAGAUUAAAAUACAAAAUUAUUCCUCCAGCAGUUACCGGGUCACCCGAGUUUGAGAGAGUGUACCGUGCACAACAAAACUGUGUGGAGUUUUAUCCCGUCUUUAUGGUUACGUUCUGGAUUGCUGGGUGGUAUUUCAACCAAGUUUUUGCUACUUUUCUGGGUCUGGUGUACCUGUAUGCUCGUCACCUGUACUUUUUUGGAUAUUCAGAAGCUGCUAAAAAAAGGAUGACUGGUUUCCAGUUGAGUUUGGGGACUCUGGCUGUGCUGACUGUCCUAGGCACCUUGGGCAUCGCAAACAGCUUUCUGGAUGAAUACUUGGACCUUAAUAUUGCUAAGAAACUGAGGCGGCACCUCUAA